AUGUUGAUCCGGCUCCGUGAUCUGCCCUUAUCGAUAACCAUUUUUGGUAGACGACGUGUAUUCCCAGCAAAACCACCGGACCGCAAAGAUUUACCUCAGAAACAAUGGGAGCAAUUAGACGUUCCAAAACCAAGCGGCGGACGAGAUUACGACCAAGUCCGCAACGAUAUCGAUUCUGCCCGGCACCUGGAAAUAUACAAAGAGACAAAGGAUGUCGAGGAUCUACCCGGCCUGGGUCAAUACUACUGCGUCGAGUGCGCAAAAUGGUUUGAGAGUGAAUACAACAUGACAGCUCAUCGGAAGGGCAAAAACCACAAGCGCAGAAUACGAUUGUUAAAAGAAGAGCCCCAUACGCAGAAACUAGCUGAGUCAGUGGUCGGGUUAACGACAGAUAACGGGAAACUUAUUGUAUCUCCAACUAGCAUGCACUGUGAUUACCGACGUGUGCACGAGAUGGGCUUGGAACGAUCGCCACGAUGCCUUGAAACUUCUUAA